AUGGAUGCAGAUAUUCAUCAAGGAAAUACUAACAAAAAAGGUAAUCCUAUGAGAUCACCAGUAUGGCAAUAUUUCAAGCGGAUAUCUAUCAACGGUGUUUAUCGAGCUCAAUGCUUAGAAAAUGGAUGCGAUAAAACAUUAGCAUUAAUUAAUUGGACAACAUCGCCAUUGUUUAAACAUCUGCGAGAUGUUCAUAAAAUUCAUAAUUUGAAAAAAAACUCCAAUGGUCGUGUUUUUGUUGGUCGAGUAAAACACAAAUUAGCGAAAACAAAAAAGAAAAAACUUGAUAAUUUAGCAGUUGAAGCUAUUAUUAAAGAUGGAAGAAGUUUUAAUGACUUCAACAAAACUGGAUUAAAACAAUUUCUUCAAUAUGCAAUUCCCGGUUAUAAGCCCGUUCAUCGAAAUAAUGUUCAACAAAAACUCCGCAGUUUAUAUUAUUUACAUCAUAAGCUGUUGGAAAAUACGUUAUCAAAUGUAUCUGACAUCGCCAUUACCUUGGACUUUUGGUCAGAUAAGAAAUUAAAAUCAUAUUUAGUAUUAACAGGACAUUUUCUCGAUGAAGAUUUUCAAUCAAAAUCAACUAUUUUACAAUUUUCAUCCUUUGAUCAACGACAUUUUUCUGAUUUAAUUGGGGAAGAAAUUGAAAAACAACUGGUUGAUCUAAAUAUAUUUGAUAAAAUCACCACCAUAACCUGUGACAAUGCUCCUAAUAUGUUGGGAUUAUUUAAUCAUUUAUCACGUGAUAUUAAACGCAUUCCAUGUGUAGCCCACGUACUUCAUCUGACAAUUUGUAAUGCAUUAGGUAUUUGGCAAGAGGGAGAAGAUAAUGAUCUUAAUAGAACAACUGAUAAAUCUAACAAUAAUAUAUCUGAAAAUGAAUUUGAUGAAGGUCUUACUCAAUCGGUAAGAAAAAUGAGUCUUGAUGGUGAUAUAUCAGGUCAGCAAAAUAACCAAGAAAGUGAUGAACAAGAUGUAUUUGGUGAUGAAACAAGCGAAGACGAAGUAGGAUGGGAUGAUGAAGAUAAGAUGACAAUUGACAAUGAAGGUGGUGAAAAAUUUGGUGAUGAAGGUGGUGAAAAAGGUGGUGAUGAAUAUGAAUCCGAUGGUAGUGAUUUUGAAAAGGAUGAAAUUGAAGAUAAUUUUCAAGUUGGUUUAAAAACAAGUGUAAAUGAUGUUCAAGACGAUGCAUCAACUACGGCUGAACAACAAAUCGCAUACGUUUUACGAAAAUGUCGUCGAUUAGUUUCAACAAUAAAAUAUUCCAAUGUGUUUCAAUUAUAUCUGAAAGAUUUAAUUAAUGAAUACAACAAUGCACAUGAGAAAAAAAUUAAACGCUCUCUUCAACUUGAUGUAAAAUCCCGAUGGAGUUCCACGCAUUAUAUGCUGGAAGCAUUUCAAAUAUUUCGUCCAAUUAUUGAUAGUUUGUUUAAAAAUAUACGUAAAAUGAAUCUGUCAAAGAACCAGACAAAUAGUUUACAUAAAUUAGAAAUGUCAAAUACUAGUUGGGAUAUGGUUGAAUUGCUAUUAAAAGCUUUAGGACCAUUUAAACGUGCAAUAAAACUUAUAAGUGGAUCUCAAUAUCCAACAGCCGGUUUGGCAUUAUUUAUUAUACGUAGAAUUCAACAAACUUUCCUUGAAAAUGUUCGAUCAAACGAUGGUGAAAUGUUUCAAAGAAUCAAACAACUUAUUCAUGAAAAAUUAAUAUAUUACACAACUGAUAAAUAUGGUGAAGGUUUUACAAAUUUAAUAAUUCACGCCUACUUUGAACCACAUGGUCUUUCUGUAUUAACUCAAAAAGAAAUAGCAUCAACUGAACGUCAAUUGAGAUAUUCAACACGCCAUUUAUUCUCUGAUCAACAAUCCACGAUGAUGUCUGGAAAACAAAAACGUUCAGCAUUAGAUAUGUUUCUAGACUCUAUUGAUGGUGAUACUGAUUGUGUAUCACACUCAACUAACAAAACAUCAACAUCAACAUCAACAUCUUGCUUUACAAAUGAAGCAAAAAAGUAUCGUCAAUUAGCUAGCAAUUUUAUGUCCGAUGAUCGGGAAGAUAAAAGUGCUGCCCUCUUUUGGAAGUGUAAUCAACAUUCACUACCAAUGUUAUCAAUAUUAGCAAGAAAAUAUCUUGCAACUCCUGCCACUAGCGUUCCGUCGGAAAGCGCUUUCAGUAAAAGCGCUUAUUAUGGUCGAAAAGAGCGGGCUAAUAUAAAUGCCAACACUCUUUCACAAUCCGUCUUUUUAAAAGACAAAUUGAUGACCGAGAAGUAA